AUGGCAGAGAAAUUGGCUCCAGAGCAACGCCACAGCUUCGUCCAUAAUGGCCAGAAGGUGUUCGAGUGGGAUCAAACGCUGGAAGAGGUGAAUAUGUACAUCACCCUUCCACCAAAUGUUCCGAAGAAACUAUUUAACUGUAAGAUUGAUUCCAAGCAUGUCCAAGUUGGGAUUAAAGGAAACCCUCCAUAUCUUGAUCAUGAUCUUACCUGCCCGGUGAAGACAGAUUGUUCAUUUUGGACUCUAGAGGACGAUGUAAUGCAUAUAACCUUGCAAAAGAGAGACAAAGGUCAGACAUGGUCUUCUCCUAUUUUAGGUCAAGGCCAGUUGGAUCCUUACACCACAGAUCUCGAACAAAAGCGCCUCAUGCUUCAACGAUUUCAAGAGGAGAAUCCAGGCUUUGACUUCUCACAGGCACAGUUCUCAGGCAAUUGCCCUGAUCCAAUGACUUUCAUGGGUGGGAUCCACUCAAGCUAA